CGCGCCCCGUCUGUCUCCGUCCGUCAUGUCCUCCGUUCAAGACCAUCAUGCCUCCCUGAGUCUCUCCGAAGAAGACGAGUUCCCUAACGAACCUGGCUCUAGCAAACAGCCAGGAAUUAAGCGUGGCACCAGAGCCUGUGAUAGGUGCAGAAGGAUCAAAAGCAAGUGCGAACCUGGUUCAGACGAUAGGUGUAAGAAUUGUGAAGUCGCAAAUACACCCUGUACAUUCCAAGGACCUAGCUUCAAGCGAGGGCCUCCAAAGGGCUACAUCCACUCCAUCGAACAGCGAUGGCAUCAGGUCGAAUGCAUUCUCGCCACCAUCAUGGAGUCGCCUCGCGCCCAGGACAUCAUUGCCGAUCUCCGUAACGACCCCUUCGCCAGCGCGAUUCUUGACCGUGUCCAGGCUGGGCCAUACGGCCUAAGGAAUCGGAUGCAACAUGGGCAGCCGACCAGCGAAAGCUUCUACUCGUCCCUCAUAGAAGUACCCGAACAUACACCUCUACGAGACGAUAGACGUUCCCGCCGACAAUCUCGUGUAUCGCGAGAAAUUGUCUCUCAAGAUCCGACUGGGUCCGCCACCCCUACGAGAGAGUGGCAAGAGCAUCUGGCUCGCAGACUGGCGCAAAGCAAUCAGUGGGCGUACAUAUCGACUCCCGUCAGCCCCAUCUCUCGGUCGUCUUCGUCUACUGGAGGUGGGGUAGCCGACUAUUCGAGGACGCGGAGGAGACUCGACAAUCCUUACGCAAGGCCCAUCCAGCAACAGAAUUGGGACGGCUUGUAUACUCUGCCCGAUGCUACGCCGCCGUCAGCUGACGUCGGAGACAUAGAAGAGACCGCUGAGGCGUUUGGUCAUCUCUCUGUGGAUGAGAACAAAGAGUUCCGUUAUCAUGGUCCCGCGUCCGGACUUCCGUUGCUCGCGCAGAGCAGUACUAGGAAAGAUAGUGACAAUCAGCAAAUCCAGAGGAUCUGGAAGUUCACGGGAAGCGAGAAUCCGCAACAGGAUCCUUUACAUGAAGAGGACGACGUCGAGGUUGAGAUGCCUUCUCCCGAGACGCAGAAAUAUCUUCUUGAACUCUAUUUUGCAUACGUUCACCCGUUCUUCCCGGUCAUUCACAAGCAAGAUUUCUUGCAGAACUAUCAUGCCAGCGUUCUCGACGCUCCAGCGGCGAUCCAGUCGGGCAAUCCACUUAUCCGCACACCGAUGCAACGCCCUUGCAAGAUGUUGCUGCUUGCCAUGUUCGCGAUUGCGGCACGGUACUCGAGCAGAAGCGAAUACCAGCCAACGCGAGGCGACAACCUCUCGUUUGCUGGUCAACAAUAUGCUCAGGAUGCACACAAACUGCUCGACCGGAAAUAUCAGAGUAGUCGGCCAUCGACUUGUCAGGCGCUCCUACUAUUGGCGAUCCGCGAAUUUGGCAUGGGCGCAAUGGACAAGGGUUGGUUGUACAGUGGCAUGGCAUUACGCAUGGCCAUCGAUCUAGGUAUGAACCGCAAUGCCGACAACUGGACGACCGACGGCAAGCAAUAUGUAUUCACGGAGGUCGAGAAGCAAAUACGCAAGCACAUUUGGUGGUCUUGUUGCAUCUCGGACAAAUUGUCUGCUGUAUGGCUGGGAAGGCCCAUCACUUUCCGCGCGAACGACUAUUCCACGCCGCUCCUCGACGUCAAUGAGAAUGAUGAGAAUGAGUUGUGGCAGCCCUAUCCUCCAGGAGUCCUCCCCGAUUUUAUUCCGCGAGAAGCCAAGUUGAUGACGACGUUCAGAGAAGCUUGCCGUUUAUCUAUAAUUAUCACCGAUAUCAUGGACAAGAUCUAUCCCGUCCAAGUCUCGUCAAACACACCUCGACGAGUCCUCUUCGAGGAGCUUGAGUCCCGUCUUAACAAGUGGUUAAUCGAACUACCAGACGAUCUCCGCUAUCCCUCAAAUGACAGGCACGCCACCGUACUGCCUCAUGUUCUCAUGUUGCACAUCGAGUAUUACACAGCGGUCCUGCUGCUUCACCGUGCUUUCCUGCCCCCGUACGACGCGAGCGCGCACGAAACCAACCUACAAAUCGACCCGUUAGCUCUCAAAGCAUUCGAUGUAUGCGCGGGAGCGGCUGUACAUAUGAGCUCCAUGACGGAGACGUACAGCAAUCGGUUUGGGCUCGAGAGGGCUCCUCCAUUCCUGUGUAUUUUUCUUCAGAGUGCUGGCAUCAUGCAUGUUGUUGCUCUGGGGCGACGUCCCUCAGAUCCUCAGGCAUCCAUUGGUCUCACAAGGUGUAUCGAGGCGUGCAAACAGAUCGAGAGAACCUGGCCGACGGCCACUCGUCUACGUACAUUGUUGGAGGGCGCGAAAGUCCACUUGGACAAAUCGAAGUACCCCUCGAAUGUCCAUCGACACAAACGCAGCAUCGAGGACGCUGUGGGCGGCUACAGCAAUUCCGACGCGCAAGAUGCGUAUGUCUUGCCGCCCUUGGAAGGCUACCGCGGUACUGCGAACAUGGGCAAUGAUUGGGAUACCCAACAAGCACGUAUGGCCGCGCAUUCAUCAGGGGUGGCUGGGCCAAGCACGCAGGCGUCGACUUCCUUCUACCCAGGCUAUCAGUGGUGGCCAAGCCAGCUGACCAUGGCAAUGACAGCUCCUGUGGAGGGACCUCCCGUGAGUGCUCCCAUGUCGUACGGCACCCUGCCCAGCUACACCCCGCAUCCUCCUACGUCGAUCCCAGCGUCGUCCCACGCUCAGCUUCCGCAGAGCAUGCAGGGGCCGUUCACGUUCAAUCAAGGCCAAAUGUCGCAGGACUUCGUUCAGGGUGUCAGCUACCCAUCCUUCAAUUUCGACCGCUACGCACCGUCGCAGCCGGGGGUCGGGCGGCCGCCUGACCCCGCCCUUCCUCAAUGACUAUAUGGUAGUUCGCAAUGGGUUAGUUAGUUCGAUAGUAGUCCCGCCUUGACCUCCCCUGGUGUCGCCAUAUGUCGCUUCUAGUGUAUCUAUUUCCCAGAUACCACCUUCUUGUAUCCCCGAGGCCUCCGCCUGUAUCUGUACUCUCACCAGACUUGUAAUGUACCUCCUGAGUCCUUGUGUAUUGUCGUGUAUGUGAGCCUGCGAUAGGGUUGAUCGUAGUCACGUGGUACUCUAGAUAUGGCACUAAUACUACUGAGACGAUAUGUUAUGUGCUAGUAUGUACGCAUCUACGUGAACCCACAAAGCAAUCGUUCCUCGGGUGUUCCUCAUUAGCCACCCAUCAUGACACUAUUUCACAGCUUCAGCCGCUUGCCGGCGAGCACGCCGUUGGGCCCUCCAUCUGGGCCCAUACUUGAUCAGAAUCCAGUAGGUCGGCGAGAAGACG